GAAGGAUUUACCUCAGGCUGUAGUUACCGACAUGUGCUAAAGUUAUGCAACAGUUUAUAAGGUAAAUGUCUCGCAUUGAUCGCAGGUUAUGCGUGGGGUACCAGUGUUUAGCUGAACUGCAGGGAGGAUAGCGAUCGAUAUGGAGCCAAUACAGAAAGAUGCGAAGAGCAACCCGUCCGCCACGGCUAAUUUCUUCUCACAGAUAUUUUUUUGCUGGCUGAAUCCACUUUUCCGUAUCGGAUCCAAGAGAAGACUUGAAGAAGAUGACAUGUAUAAUGUGCUUCCGGAGGAUGGGUCUAAGAGACUUGGAGAGGAACUGCAGAGCUACUGGAACCAAGAAGUGGAAAAAGCAACCAAAGAACUCAGGACACCCAAACUUACCAAAGCCAUUAUCAGGUGCUAUUGGAGAUCGUAUGCAGUACUGGGGGUAUUCACUCUUAUAGAGGAAGUGAUUAAGGUGAUUCAACCGGUGUUUUUGGGAAAACUCAUUCAGUAUUUCGAGGGAAAUGAGCCCGAAAACCCAACAGCGUUGUACAAAGCGUAUGGAUAUGCAGCAGGCGUCUCUCUCUCCACCUUGGGUCUGGCGUUACUCCACCACCUCUACUUUUACCACGUCCAAAGAUCUGGAAUGAAAAUCCGCAUUGCAAUGUGUCACAUGAUCUACAGGAAGGCGCUGUGCCUUAGUGCCUCAGCUAUGGGCCAGACAACCACCGGGCAGAUUGUUAACCUUUUGUCGAAUGACGUCAACAAGUUCGAUGAGGUGACAAUUUUUCUGCACUUCCUGUGGGUGGGGCCUCUGCAAGCCGCUGCUGUGAUUGGUCUGCUUUGGCAAGAGAUCGGACCAUCGUGCCUCGCGGGCAUGGCCGUUUUAAUCUUUCUAAUGCCACUUCAGACCAUGUUUGGAAAACUGUUUUCAAAGUACAGGAGUAAGACGGCAGCCUUUACUGACAGUAGGAUACGCACAAUGAAUGAGGUGGUGUCUGGUAUACGUAUAAUCAAGAUGUAUGCCUGGGAAAAGCCAUUCGCAGCGUUGGUUAAUGAUGUACGAAGAAAGGAGAUCUCAAAAAUCAUGAGCAGUUCUUACCUCCGUGGGCUGAACAUGGCUGCAUUCUUUACGGCGAAUAAAAUCAUCCUGUUUGUGACGUUCACUAUGUACGUUCUGGUGGGCAACAAAAUGUCUGCCAGCCGUGUGUUUGUGACCGUGUCGCUGUACAGCGCCGUCCGCCUCACCGUUACUCUGUUUUUCCCUGCUGCUAUUGAGAAAGUGUCCGAGGCUGCCGUCAGCAUCCGGAGGAUCAAGAAGUUCCUCUUACUAGAUGAGCUUGUGAAAUCCCACGUUCCUCUUACUCAGGAGGAUAAGAAAGAGGCGUCCGUGGAGAUACAGGAUCUCAUAUGCUACUGGGACAAGACUCUGGAUGCACCAACAUUACAAAAUGUGUCUUUUACUUUGAAGCCUGGUCAACUUCUGGCUGUUAUUGGUCCUGUGGGAGCUGGAAAGUCUUCUCUCCUCAGCACUGUUCUAGGGGAGCUUCCAGCAGAAAAGGGUGUGGUAAAGGUCAAAGGUGAGCUGACGUAUGCCUCCCAGCAGCCUUGGGUUUUUCCAGGGACCAUUCGGAGCAACAUACUGUUUGGAAAGGAGCUGCAGCCCCAGCGAUACGAGCGUGUCCUAAGAGCCUGUGCACUCAAAAGGGACAUGGAGCUGCUUCCUGAUGGGGAUUUGACUGUGAUUGGAGACAGAGGAGCAACACUCAGUGGAGGACAGAAAGCUAGAGUCAACCUGGCCAGGGCUGUGUAUCAGGAUGCUGAUAUUUACCUGUUGGAUGAUCCAUUGAGUGCAGUGGAUGCAGAAGUGGGCAGGCACCUGUUUGAACAGUGUAUUUGUGGUAUUCUCAAGGACAAGCCCAGGAUCUUGGUUACUCACCAGCACCAGUACCUGAAGGCUGCAAAUCAGAUCCUGGUCUUGAAGGAGGGGCACAUGGUGGCACGUGGCACAUACUCGGAGCUGCUGCGAUCGGGAGUGGAUUUCACCUCUUUGCUGAAGAAGGAUGAGGAAGAGGAGGGUGAAAAAGGAGAGGCUCCUCGCUCCCCCCGCAGCCGCACACUCUCCCAAAACUCUGUCCGUUCGCACUCUUCAUCUAUUCUGUCUGUUAAAGAUGACUCCGAUCAGCUGCCGGCGGAGCCUGUGCAGACCGUGGCCGAAGAGACGCGUUUAGAGGGGACCAUCGGCCUUCGCAUGUAUUGGAAAUACUUUAAAGCUGGAGCCAACAUCAUUAUGCUGAUUUUACUUGUUCUCCUCAACUUGCUGGCACAGAUUUUUUAUAUUCUUCAGGACUGGUGGCUUUCAUACUGGGCCACAGAGCAGGAGAAGCUGGACUUUCCUUCCUUUAACUUCAAUUCAACCAACGACACAAAUGGCAAUAACAGCAUUAACGCGACUCAAGAGCUCAACCUGCACUUCUAUCUUGGCAUCUAUGCAGGCUUAACAGGCGCCACCAUCAUCUUCGGCUUCAUGCGUUGUCUGAUGAUGUUUAAUGCUCUGGUGAGCUCAGCGGAGACGUUACACAACCGCAUGUUCAACAGCAUCCUGAGAACCCCGGUCCGCUUCUUUGACAUCAACCCCAUUGGAAGAAUCCUCAACCGGUUCUCCAAAGACAUCGGGCAGCUUGAUUCCUUACUUCCGUGGACGUUUGUGGAUUUUAUCCAGGUGUUUCUACAAAUUAUUGGAGUCAUUGGUGUGGCGGCCUCCGUCAUCCCUUGGAUUCUGAUUCCUGUGCUUCCUCUGUUGAUCGCCUUCCUGUUUCUACGCCGCUACUUCCUGCGGACAUCACGAGACGUCAAGCGCAUUGAAUCCACUACUCGAAGUCCUGUAUUCUCCCAUCUGUCUUCUUCACUCCAAGGCCUCUGGACCAUUCGUGCCUUUAAAGCUGAGGAAAGGUUUCAGCAAGCAUUUGAUGCACAUCAGGAUCUGCAUUCAGAGGCCUGGUUCCUGUUCUUGACCACUUCACGUUGGUUUGCAGUGCGCUUGGAUGGAAUGUGUUCGGUGUUUGUGACCAUCACAGCCUUCGGAUGUCUUCUUCUUAAAGACAGUAUGAAUGCGGGAGAUGUGGGAUUGGCCUUGUCUUAUGCAGUCACUCUAAUGGGAAUGUUCCAGUGGGGCGUUAGACAGAGUGCUGAGGUGGAGAACAUGAUGACAUCAGUGGAGAGAGUUGUCGAAUACACAGAGCUCGAAAGCGAAGCGCCUUGGGAAACCGAGAAACGCCCCCCUCCCGACUGGCCAAAUCGGGGCCUGAUAACCUUCGACAGAGUCAACUUCUCCUACAGUUCUGAUGGACCCGUCAUCCUCAAGAACAUCUCGCCCAUGUUCAGACCCCGAGAGAAGGUUGGGAUCGUUGGGCGGACCGGUGCAGGGAAAAGCUCCCUGAUUUCAGCUCUGUUCCGCCUGACGGAGCCAGAGGGUAAAAUCUUAGUGGACGGAGUGUUGACCUCAGAGAUCGGCCUGCACGAUCUCCGGCAGAAGAUGUCCAUCAUCCCGCAGGAUCCAGUGCUUUUUACAGGAACCAUGAGGAAGAAUCUGGACCCCUUCAGCCAGCAUUCAGAGCAUGACUUAUGGAACGCUCUGGAAGAGGUCCAGCUGAAGGCUGCUGUGGAGGAGUUGCCUGGUAAACUCGAGACUGAACUGGCUGAGUCUGGAUCAAACUUCAGUGUGGGUCAGAGGCAACUUGUCUGUCUAGCUCGGGCCAUUCUGAGGAAGAACCGGAUUCUCAUCAUUGAUGAGGCCACCGCCAAUGUGGACCCUCGGACGGACGAGCUGAUCCAGAAAACCAUCCGUGAAAAGUUUAAGGAAUGCACUGUCCUCACCAUCGCACACAGACUCAACACCAUCAUAGACAGUGACCGUAUCCUGGUUCUGGAUGCAGGUCGAAUCCACGAGUACGACGCCCCCCACAUUCUCCUACAGAACCAAAGUGGCAUCUUCUACAAGAUGGUUCAGCAGACAGGAAAGGCAGAAGCGGCCUCUCUGCUGCAGACCGCCAAACAGGCGUACAUGAACCGCAGUCCGGCCCACCAGCUCAACGGCUUCGCCACCACAGGAGAUGGCAGUUUGGUAAUCUUCGAGACUGCUCUAUAACAGCCCGUGAAGUGCCUGAUGUACACAGCGCACAGCUACGCCCAGCAUCCUCCUCCUGCGGAGGGCAGCGGGCACAAGUUCUGCCUCCUCGCCCGAAACACCAGGCUGAGCGGAGCCGGAGACGUGUGUAUGCUGCGCUCACACUGAGCGACUCCAGAGAGGACUUCAUACACCAGCGUUCUGAUCUCUCUAGUAUGAUAGGCUAGAGAUUGUACACCACUGUAUAUUACGAUUAUUAAUAUGUGCCUUAAUGUGUAUGUGUAGUACCAGGACUGCUAGGGGCCAAAGACAUAGCUUGCCUUUGCUCAAAUGAAACACUAUGCUAUGAGCUAGACUAAUUUAGUUUUCCCGGUGCCUUUAUACUACAUCGAUCAUAAUGGCUGCUGAUUCUGACACCAACAAUACAGCUUGUAAACAUUAAGACAACACUGUAUCGAAAGGGCUCUAAACAAGUAGUCAAAAACCGCAUCUAUUUUUGUGUAUUUAUUAUUUGUGAUUCUGACACUCUAUCUGCCUUAAUCAAAAAAUAAUCACUUUUCAGAGCCAGCUUACAGACACACACACAAAGAAAUUGCUGGAUAACAAUCAUUCUGCAGUGCUGCAUUGUUUCUUGGGCAAAGAAAUUUUGUGCAAAAGUUCUUGUGCAGUACAAACAAGCCUGAACUUUACUUUUGUGUUUAAUGUGCCCAUUAAAUGUAAUGCUGUCCCUGAUUUCCUUGAACUUUUAGAAAAAAAUAAUUUUAUUUUUAUAAUUAGUUUUGUGAAUCAGUGAGAAUGAAAGGGAAGUUGAGUGACUGCACACAGCGCACAGAUACCAGUGUAACACUGGCAGCUUUUCUCUGCUGCUCCUUUUUUUUAAUGUUUCUUCUUUUUUAUGGCUUCAUUUUUGUUUUAUGGAGAGGUAAAGGAAGAGAAAGUUGCAGUACCAGCCGCUAAAGAUUUUUGUGAAAUGCAGUUUAGCCCAGCAGAUUUAUUUAAAUUAAAUCACUGAAUUCAGUGUUUUUUAACUUCUUGGUUAUAUGUUUGAGAAAUAAGUUAAAUGUUUGUUGUCAUGUCCCAUCUGGGUUUGUGUUCUGUUUGAAUUGACAACAUGGUUUCUGCUGGUUGGAAGAAUCAGUGUUUGCUGUUCAAAAGUCAAAAGUACAUGUUUGUAUUAUUGGCAUUUAUGCUAAAAUGUGUAUUUGUUUAUGUCAGACUCUUGAAUUUGGAUUAAACCACUUGAAAUCA